CAGCCGACCUGCUCCUACUUCCACUUCCGGGGUCACCACGAAAGAGACGGGAAGGAAAAGGGAAAGCGGUUGGGCGAGGCGCGAGCCAGUCCGAGCUGUGUCAGCGAGGGCGGGCCUAGGGACUCCCUGACCCCACCCCUUAAAGGGCCCUGCGCUGCAGUCCCCCGCGUGCUGUAAGGAGGUGCCCGAAGGUUACACCGCUGGAAGCGGAGCAAGCGGUCUCUGCUGUAACGCCUGCGGACUCUGAAGGUUGCUUUGCCGAGACUGGACGUGGUGGACAACUCCCGAGCCAUACAUAGCCCGCUUCCCUUGCACACAAAACCUAGGAACCCAGAGGCGUCACCGCCCCGAUGCCCUCUUUGCCGACUGCCGUGAGGACAGAGGCCUCUUUGUGUCCUGCAAAAGUGGAGCGGAGGAGAGGACGCCUCCGGCUAGCCCCCGCCCUGGCCCGGCAGCGCUGUCCCCCCUUUCCCAGCAACCCUCCGGAGCCCGACCCAGUGACUGCAGCUCCCACGGCCUGGAUCCGCCCCUCCGGACGGUGCUUCCAGGCCCGAUCACGGAAUGGGGUCAGGGGGACUGAGAGCGCAGUUCCACUGGGGCCGAGAACCAUUGCCGAGUGCCAAGGAACACUGGACUCUUCUGCCUGCUGCUUUGCAUCUCAUUUGCAUACCGAGCCCUACGAGCAGCGUCGACUCGAGACCCCCCUCCCCCUCGCGGACCCUAAAUGGUCCCCUUCUCUGCACACGACUUCAGCCUUACAGCGAUCUUGUCAUCGCCCCUUCCAGACCCCGUCUUGAUCUGCAAGUCUGGCACUCAUGAGCCCCCCACCGGCGCCCCCAACCAGUGAAAGCCCCUUCCCUGGGUCCCCGAUCCCGACCACCCGGUUCUCCAGAAGACAAUACUCCAAUUCUCUGGGAAGUGGAAGAAACCAAGCCGAAGCGAGGGGGGCGCUGGGACCUCAGUUGGGAUUCUGCGAGCUUCCAGUUGUCCAAUCUUCUCUGAAGUAUUCAGAGAUCUUUCCCCUAAACCCUUUGCGGCACCCUACAAGACCCUUCCCCGAUAUACUUGGGGGUCUCUGGUCCCAAACUGGAGCAGAAUGCAACCCGAGUCCCCCCCACGCACAGAGGAAAGAGUUGAAGGGGCCUGCCCCGUGAUGUCACCCCCUCCCCAACACACACAUGCACACCCUGUCCCCUUCCUCCACCUCCUAAGCUAGUUGCAUUGGCUCACAGGGCUUGAGCUGCGACUUGCAAGAGUUUAAGGGCAACGAGCAGAGUGGCCCUGGGGGUACCCACAUCCAACAAGCCGUUCCAGUGCCUGGGACCUCAGGGCGGGGAUGCAGCUGGGAGCCUAGGGAAGCACUUCCACCUCCCCCCCUCCUCAGCCGUGGCAGGGUGGUGAGUAGUUAACACUCCCUCCCCAACUUCCCCUUGUUUAGGCUCCCCAAACUUCCAAGCAGAUUAAGGAGAGAAGCCCCAGAAUUCCUCAUGCCAAUGUCUCAGGUUGUUGGGUCCUUGAUGUCCAAAAGACAGCUAAAGGAAAGUACCUACAUCUAUGCUACCCACUCCCACGGUGCCCCAGGUGCCACCCCCUCCUCGGUGUGCCCCUUGCGGUGUGCCCCUUGCGGAACCUGCAUUCAAAUCCCAUUAGCAGCCCUGACACCCUUGGGGAAAGGGAGGGAUAGGAAAAGCCCCGAGGGGAGGAGCAAGAGCUACCAGGAUGUGAGACGUCUGUGGACAAGGCUCCCGCUCAUUGCAUGAGGGGCCUUGGGAUACUGACCGUCUGGCUGGACGCCCUUUCUGGGACAGGCUCCAUGUCAGCAUGAAGCUGAGACUACAAAACCCUGACAAACUGUGGGUGAUUGUUGCCACUUAAUUCCUUGUCCCAAACUCUUAGUGUCUUUUUUUUUUUUUUUUUUUUUUUUUUUUUGCCCCCUCUUUCUUCCCUGGGUUUGGAGUCACUGUCGGAAGACCCUACCAUGACUCAUUCUCUCCUCUUCUUCCUCCCUCUCCCCCCUCUGUUAACCCCACCCUUGCCAAUCCAGUGGGGUAACAUUGAGUCUCAGCUGCAGAUGGGACAAGCUUUCCUUUAAGCUAGAACAGGAUGCUGGGACUUUAGCCCCCAGUCCCCUUAGUGCCUCUGCACCCCUCCCUACAAAGACCUGGGGCUUCCCAGACCUCCCGCCCUCACCCCAGAAAACUGGAAGGGAAAGUCUCUUACCUUAGCAGAUUUUCAUUUAAGUUUUAUUCAGUGCCUUUGUUUUAGAGGGUGGUGGAGAGACAUCCGCUCCCUUCACCCCCCUGCUGUAGAUUUCUGUAAUCACCCCAGCAGGGGCUGUGCUCUCUUGAAAGUGGCCAUUCCUCAGAAGUAGAGGUGGAGUCCCUGCUUGCUGCCCCCUUGCAGGUUUCCCCACACCCUCAAGACAUUCCUGGAUGGAUGAGAGGACCUGACACGGACCCAUUCCGUUACCACCUUCUCUUUGGCCAUGGAGGAGGACGCCUUCUUUCCCCUGGCUCCGACAUCUGACACAAGGGCCUUUAAUCAACAACUCCCGGAGCCUCCGGACGCAAGCUGUGUCUUGGAGCCCCAGAACAAUCCUGAACUGGCACCUGCCCUGGUGUGUGCCCUCUGCUGCUGUUUUGGAAUCAUCUACUGCUGCUUCGGCUACCGCUGCUUCAAGGCAGUGAUGUUUCUCUCGGGCCUGCUGUCGGGAGCCCUGGUGAUCUUCCUGCUGUGCCACAAGGAGCAAGUGCUGGAGACACAGCUGAGCCUAGAGGUGAGCGCGGGCAUCGCGCUGGGCAUCGGACUCCUCUGUGGCCUGGUCACCAUGCUGGUUCGCAGUGUCGGGCUCUUCCUGACUGGUCUCCUGCUAGGUCUGACCGUGGGCGCCGGGACUCUGCUGGGCACUGAGCCCAUCUACCAGCCACCUUCAGCCUGGGUGCCAGCUGGGGCGCUGGUGGGGCUGGCACUGCUGGGAGCCCUGCUCACGCUUCGGUGGCCACGUCCAUUCACAGUUCUGGGCACAGCCCUGCUAGGUGCUGCGGUGCUGGUGGCCUGUGCUGACUACUUCCUGGAGGGACUGGCGCUGGGCAGUCGGCUGGGCCAACGCCUGCAGGCACUUCCGGCCUUGCCUCCUCUCUGCUGGUAUAGCUGGGUCUUACUGGGGACCUGGCCAGCCUUGGGGGCUCUUGGGGCCCUGGCCCAGUGGAAACUCAUGGCCGAGGAACACGGAGGUCACGCCAAUGGGGUGGUGAGCCGUCAGCAAAGGCAUCUCCAGCUCCUUCGGCUCCACCAGCAAGAGGCCAAGUGGCACCGGAGCCCCCCUGGGGCGGGGCUUUGUGAGGGUGGCUGUCGUCGGCAGCCGCCCCCUAGUGCCCGAAGCCCUGCCGACAGUCUGGCUCCGAGUUUUCUCCAGAGUCUUCGAGACCGCCGGCUGGGACCAGGAACCCAGGCCACAGCCCCCCAUACCACCUUGGACCUGGAUUCUGACUGCGGUUCCACUGUACCUCUCACCACACCCUCUGGCCCCACCCAGACCUGACCUUAAACCUCCACGGUCGCCCCUAACCCUAGUGAGGGUCUGAAGAUACUCAGUGGACAGGGCCUGAACCCAGGGGACCCGCACACAGAAUCCCCCACCUCUUGGAUUUGGGGAUAGGAUCGGGGCUCUCCCCCAGACCAGCUGUGGAGGGAUAUGUUUCUGGGACACAUAGGAAUCUGGUGGGGUCAGGGGGGGAUGGUGAGGAAUGGAAAUAGUAGUACCUACCUCUGUCCAGUAAUAGAGGUGCCCUUGCGCCCAAAGAAACUGACCCCCUAAUUCUCUCCAAACCAAGGAGGAUCCUUGCCCAAACAGUCUCUUAAAUGCCUGCUUCAGUGUGCCACACAGUGGUAAAACAAGGGGUCUUGUUUUUCUAGGACUUACAGAAAAUCAGGGAGCCGCCCAAGGCAUUUGAAAGCUUUUUAGUGGGGAGAGGAGUUCCAGGAUCCCCCAAUCCCCAGGUCUCCCACUAGGAGGUCGCCGGGUUUCUUGUCGGCCUUUUGCCCUGCACCCCGUAGGAUUGAGCCCCCUUCUUCUACCUCAGUUGGGAGCACUACCCACCGUGGUGCCUCAGUUUCUCUGCUUCCCAACCUAGGGAAGAGCACAGAACCAUGCCCGCCUCAAUACCACCUCCCCCUAAAGUGGCUCCUUGUUCCAAGGAGACAGCAUUGGCUCACAUGCCAGUCUUGCCCCUUUUCCCAGAGGAGCCUGGUCUUCGGGGCUGCAUGGCAGACAAGUGCCUUAUCUGCUUCUCACUGUGGAUGAUACUAAUCCUUAAUGCUGACCCACUCACUGACCCAUUCUAACUCUUCCCCUCUCUGCCUCUCCUGCCCAAGGUCCGUGUCCUGGUUCCCCAGACAGCAUGAAGGAAGACAUAUCCCUCCUCUGGGCAGCAAGGCCAUGAUGGGAGGGAGGAAGACCUUGGGAGCAUUGAAUAAAAUGGCAUUAAACCCUGAACCAGGGAGUCCAGCCUCUGCUGUUGCUGCUCUUCUCUUUUUCUGCACCCCAAAACGAGGAGCCAUGUUGACAAAUCUAAUGUCCCUUACAGGUCAGAUAGGGGUGCCCUGCUCAGCCUGUUGUAGGAGCCACACACCAGACAGCUGAAGGAGGAGCUGUGCCAUCCUCCCUUGUCA